AUGCCUCCUCCUUUUCCUCCUCCUCCUCUCCCUCGCGGCAACGACGACAACGACGACGACGACGGUUGUUGUUGUUCGCACCAAAAGCGUUAUCGCUUCUUUUUGUUCAACCCGAAAGAAUCGUUCGAGAAAAAACUCGAGUUUUGCGUCGAACAUUUCGGCGGCGAAAUGGAAAGUACGAGGACUCUUCGGACGACGAUUCAGACGACGAAAUUGAGAGAAGAAGAAGAAGAGAACGCGCGAUUAUGCGCCGAGUGGACGCUGAACGUAUUACCGACGAUCGUCUUAGAUUUGGGCGACGACGAUGGGACGACGAAGACGACGAAGAAGAAGAGUUUUGGGAAGGCUUUUGGUUCCCUAACAGGAGGAGAGGCAGAGGCGAAAGCGAAGAGCGCGGAGAAACUGUGGCAGAUAUUAUUGAACGCGCUGACGAUUUGCCUGCGCCGAGGAGAAGAGACGACGACGACUGACAACCGCCGCGACAGUGGCGAGAACGACGACGACGAUUCAGACGAGGAGAGCUUUUCGUUCGUCGGGGAAAAGAGAACCGCGGAAGAAAAGGCGGUAUCUUUUAAUCCGGCAAACGCGAAUCGGAUGGUGAAAUGUUUUAGCGAAAGCAUGAAGCUCUUCGCGGCGGAUGGUGACGGCUGUGGCAGGAAUGCAUCGGUGCUCUCGAAAUGUUCGGAUGCGCUUUCGAACGUGUUAUCGGCGUCCAAGUACGCGCCUUCAUUGGGCGCGUGCACGGAGAUGUGCGUGGUGGCUUUUGAGCGGUUUCCGGAGAUGCGCGAAGCGAGUUUGAGGUUGUGCGCGAGACAGUUGAGGAGAAAGGAUUUGAACAUUAGGAAUAGAGACGAUGGGAGUAAUGGUGCGUCGACAACGUUGGCGGCGAGUUCGAGUGCGGAGAAGCAGCAGAACGUGACGAAAGAGUUUGUUGACGUGUUGCUUUCGGCGGGUACGAACGACAACGCAGAGUUGGGGAGACUGAUUGAAAGCGCGAUGCGUUUGACGGUGGCGAGAGAAUCUGUUUUGCGAUAUUACCCAGACGCGUUUGAAAAAAUAAAAGAGGACGCCGGUAAGAAACGAAAACGAGGCGAGAAGCGAAAGAAGGGAGGCGACGACGACACCAGUGUGCCGGAGGAAGAUAAAACAAAAACGAAUCAGCAAAUACCGGCGUUCAUUCUGCACUUUGCCAAACGCAUCACGACCGCAAAGGAUUCGCACGCGAUACGGUUCGCGCCGUGGUUCUUUCAAGAAUUCUGCGAGUCGAAAGAGCGAAAGAGAGACGCGGCGAUAACGAAGAAGAUUACAGAGAAAGCGCUGAGAGAUAUGAGAGAGGUGUUUUCGAAACUGUUCGGUGGUGUUACGAGUUCGUCGUCGAAAGAAAAAGGAACGCACAUCGCGCAUCUCUUGCGCGCGUUAAAAACAAAAGAGGACGUUUACGAAGCCUACGACGAUAGUAAUCCUCCAAAGGUGGCCAUCGAGUCCUUUCUCGUGGAAUGUUUCGACGGGCGAAAGUAUGAGAAGACGAUGAAUUACGCCAAUGUCUUGGAUGCCAUUCUCUCCGUCGAUUUUCGUUUACUCGAAAAAAGAGCAACUGGUUGCAUCUCGCGCGUAGGUAUGAAUGGCACGACGGCGUCUACGUUUCUGCUGAACUUCUUGGCGGCGUUUGCGACGCGGCGUAAACUCGCAGAAUUUGUCGAUUGCGUUGGACACGCAUUCGAGCGUGUUCCCAAUGAGAGCGAAGAUGAACUGUGCGGCAUGAACGCGCUCUUCCGCUCGGAACUGGUUUUGAAAGCAUUAGAAUCUCACACUUCGAGUAUGCUCGAAGGUCAGCGCGAAGAGCUUUUUGAGGUAUGCGUGAAGAUUUUGGGAAUGCAGAAAUCGACGAGGCUUUUAACUACGUUUGGAAUGGUCGUGAAAAGCAUCCACAAGGGGAUGUUGGACUCGUUCACGCUGGAGCAAUGCGAUAAACUUGGACGAAAUGUACCUCAAGAUUGGGCGAUAUACGAUGCCAUGGCGAUUUCUCCUGUCGUUGGAGAUGUACUGAUGAACAACCGCGCGCUCUUUGAUCAAUUUAUUGAACACGUGCGAGAGUUGAGAACGACGGACGAUUUCAUUUCGAUCUUCCCGUGCGCGAUGCAAGCGCUCUCGAACGACAACGUCUCGAACGAUAAGGCUUGGGAAAUUAUCGAAUGCAUUUUGACCGACGAGAACAAAAAGGACGCCGGAACUGAUAUGAGAUAUGACUUGUUACACCAGUAUUCAAGCACAUGGAUCCCGCGUGCAUCUACAGAUCAAGCAAAGAGGUAUUUCGGGUCGAGGAUAAAACACAGAAAAUUUGACGCUCUCGUCGAUGAUUUAGUUUCGGCGACGCUUUGGAUUGAUGCGCUUCGCGAAUGGUUGAACGAAUCUACUGCGAAUAUGGAGAGAACAUUGGUCGACGCUAUGGAGGCGUUGGAAUUGCAGAUGAACUCUUUAUUCUCUCGUCGCAAAGUGACGGACGAGAAGGAAAUCGUGGGUCGUUUCUUUGCGUCUAUGGAAGCAGUCGCGAUAGCGGCUGAGGAGAUUGUCUCGAAGCUUGCAAACAAAAGAAAAGCGCCAUCAUCGUUGAAGACAAUAUUACGAGUGCGCUCUGCAGUAGAUGCGAGGAAAAUAGAGGAAGAUUUAUCACCUUCCGAGUGGCCUCAUCGCGAAAGCACGAGAGAGGCUCUGGGUAAAAUUGAAGAUUCGAUUCCCGAGAGUGCGUGGCUUUCGUACCUCGAAGAAUACGCGAGUGCUUCAUAUUCUGUAAAUGACGAAGACGAAAAUUUGUUUCAGCUAUCGAGAACUAACGCUAAAAAUGUGUGUUUUGAAGAUGCCAUGACUUUAGCGGUCGCGUGUAAACAGACGCGCGACGAUACGUGCGACGGAAACGAUGAUGAAGCUAUGGCGGCGUGGGUGCAAAAAUUCAAAAAGAGGGAAGAAUUGUUCGAGUCUCUCGUGGUGAAGUUAAAAGAAAGUGAUGCCAGCACGCACGCGAUGUCGGUAUGUUUUGGUUUCAUCUUGGCAGGAUUGGGGCACAGUCUACACGCGCGAGCUAAAAUAUUCUCGUCUUUAUCUCCUUCUUCCACGGUGAUGAAAGAUCUCCUGCGCACCUCGAGCGAUUCGGUCGCCUCGCACUUGGACCGCGCAUUGUGCUUCGUGAAGGAGGAACUCAAAGGUGAUUUGAAUACAAACACAAAAGCAAUGACAUAUCUGUGUGGGUGCGUUUCUCUGCUCGCAUCGCCUGGUAUUGCGUUCGAGACGGAAGCGUUUACGAUUGUUUUCAACGCGUUGCUGAAGAAUUUUCAACAUUUCAGCAGCAGUCACACAGUUAAAGGCGCGGAGAUGGUUUUGAACGAGUUACAUCGUGAAAGAACAAAAUGUUUACGAAUGAUGUUUGAAUCAUCGAGUAAAGAAGCGCGGCGGUUCGCAGUGCAGUUUGCUGUGGACAGAUUGCACAGGGAAGAUUCGCUCGCGAGGAACGCGUUCAUUAGAGGCGUCGACGACAACGCUCUCCUCUCGGCGCAAAACCAACGCUUGCAUCCUACAUUUUGGAUGCUCGAAGUUUUUACCAGUUGCUCAAAAUUCGCUUGGCGGAAAACCUUCGACGACGAAAAGAAUGAAGCACUCGUCGAUAGUUUGCUCCACGCGUGCGAACCCCAUCUCAACAAGGAUAAUCGAUGUUUAAACCGACGGCGAUCGCUGGCUAUUUUAUGCAACAUCGUAGCAAAAGGCGAUUACGAGUGUGCACUCAGCGCCAGAGUUGUCGGUAGAAUCGCUCACGUUUCCGCCCGGGCAUUCAGCGGCGCGCUUCUUGAAACGCAAGAAACCGAUUUCGAUUCCUUCGUGUUGUGUUGCGACAUCGUCACCGCAACUUUGUAUCAUCGCAAAGAACAAUUGAAACGAUCGACAAAUAUCAUCACCGCGACGAUUGCGCAUUUAGUGGACGUGUUGCGCCAAUGGGCCUCAAUGUCUUCAACUAAAAUUGAACAUCACGACGCUUUCAUUCGGUGCGCCUCGAGUCUCUCGAAAAGCCUCGUCGCGUGUAAAGCGAGCGGAUUGAAACAAUUUUACUGCGCGCACAUCUUAGCUGAAGUCAUCGCGAGCGUCACCGCCACUUCCGAGAACCGAAAAAUUGAGAGUACCACCGGCGACGAAAAGAACAACGAAAUCUUCUCCUCCAUUCGCGAGCGGUUGAAACCGGGCAUUUUCAAGCUCUUUGAAGCGUGCUCUGAUUUGGAAUUUUCGUACAUAUUCGCAAUGUACGGCGAUAAAGGCGUCGGCGGCGCGAGACGCGUCGCGUUCAGUACUUUGCGCGAAGAACAAAAAUUAGCAAUAUAG